AUGGAUGUCUGCGGUGACGGCGAUAACACCCACCAGACUAUGCCGUCAUCGUCAUCGGGUUGUGUCCACCCACCUCCGCAGCACAAUCCCCUAAGGCGUAGUAUUACAUUGCAACAGGGCCACUACGUGCCAUGCUGGCGUGCAGACAACGACGACAACAACAACAACAACAACAAUGACGGUAGAGAGUAG